UUUAGGGAAGUUUGCGCGUUUUCCUAUGGUAGGGUUGAGCGCGUUUAUUUUUUAAUUUUCGCCUAUUUCAAGCGCACAGGAUAUGGAAUAUUUAUGCUAGAAAGCUGUGCAACAUAUUCAUGAAUAUUUCGCUCAUGUGACAUUUGUUAUGUAGAUGUAGUAUGGCUAAAAAAUGCGAGUCCAAAAACGUUGAAAGCAAGGGAUCAAACAGCAUAUAUGUAGAUAUUUUACAUGACGGCGAAGGCUUCAUCCUGGUAUCCUACAACCAUGGACCAAAGAAGUUUCAAGGAGUUCUCAUGGAAGUCAAUAGGAGUGGAGUGCCGAGUGGGGUGAGGCCGCCGGCGUGGUUCGACGCCGUUCAGCCCGGCACCGACGCGCGCUCGCCCGACCCCAACGACCCCUACCACACCAUCAGUACCAGGAUGACCUACUUCCAGACCAGCUACGACCUGUCGGCGGCGCGCAAAGACGCCGGCGGGGGCGGCCCGGCUCCGCAGCCAGCCGCCAAGCGCCGCCACCACCACCACAAGGGCGGCCGGAGCACGGUCCGACUGCGGCCCCGACAGGUACUCUGUUCCAACUGUAAGAGUAUGUGCACGGAGAGCUCGCAGAGCGUGCAGCCGGCCGGCCGACGCCGGAAAGAUGGUGACGAGAACGUGGAUCCGGCGGCGGCGCCGGUGGCCGCGGGGACGGCUCAGCCGCUCCCGCCGGCGCCGGUUGCGAAGCCGAGGCCGCUGGUGCAGCCGCCGGCGCCGGCGCUGCCUCCCCCGCCGUCGGAGCCGCUGCCGCCGCCGCCGCCGCUGAAGGUGCCCCGGAUCCCGAUCGUCCGUCUGAGCGCCCACCAGCUGAGGAGGAGCUCCUCGUGCGCUGGUGACGGCGACGCGGGAGACGGGGGCGGCAUGGGCAGCUGCAGCGGCUCGUCGUCCUCGACCACUACCUCCCUCUCGUCCUCGGCAUCGUCUUCCCCCACACCGCCGACAACGCCGACCCUCACCAAACUCACUGUCAGCCCGAUAAAAAUCGUCGGCAACAACGUCAAAAAGUGCGACCCGACAUCUUCCAAACCGAAGCUGCAGAAGAUCAAGAUCAGCGGAGGGGCGAUCGUCCCGCCCCCGAAGGCGGCUGCGGCGACCGCCGGAGCGGCGGCAGCUGCGGACGGGGACGUGGCGAGACGAACGGGCCUUCGGAAGAAGCGGCUGGCUGUCGGAUCGAUGGAGGAUCUAUGGGACGAAUCAGUGCUGGAUGACGGGAACCGAACGGCAUCUAGUGAACAGGAGGAGGGCACUAGCUUAACGCCAGUGUUGAAAAUCUCAUUUGGGGGUCGCGAGGGAGCCGGGACAGUGCUGAAAAUUCCGGCCAAGUAUAAACUGCAGGCCGGUGAGCAGGAGACCGAGCGGCCGGCCGUCUCGACAUGUACCGGGGUGACCACGGCGAGUCUGCAUCCCUCGGCGCCCACGGCCAGCGCCAAGGCGGCCAAACGAGCGCUGAAGAAGGCUCGCAAGGACGUGCAGCGGAAGCUGGUGGGGUCGCCGCGCACCUCCCCGGCCUACCACCCGUGGGGCUCGCCGCGGGCGUCUCCGGCCUACACGCGCCUCUCACCCAGCUACCCUCAGAUGUCCCCGGCGUACUACCGAGUGGCUAGCGCUGCGCUGGGCCUCUCUCCGGCGCAUCCCAGCCUCUCCCCGGCACACCCCAGCCUCUCCCCGGCACACCCCAGCCUCUCUCCGGCGCACCCGGGCCCUGCGCCCGCCCCCGCCCCCGCCCCCGCCCCCGCCGCAGCCACCGCCCCGGCCGCCGCCGCCGGCCCGGCCCCAGCUCCCGGCCCGCUGCGCAAGAAACGGCACAAGCACAAACUGAAGCACAAGCGGCGGCGGCGCGAGCGUGGCGACCGCGAGGAGGCGUCCGGCGCACUGUCCUCCGAGGUGCGCCCUCCAGCCGGUGUUCAGAUGAAGGAGCGCUGUCUCUCGCAGAAACUGUCCAUCUCCCUGCGGAGGAUCCGCGCCAGCGAGUACGCCGCCGACGCGGCCUCCGACCCGUCCACCUCGGCGCCGUCCGCUGGUGGAGGCAGCGGGGUGCCGCCGUUCCCCGAGACUCCCUCGCCGCCGGCCGACACGUCUGUCUCGUCCUGUCAGCUGCCCGACGGACGGCGGCUCAGUCUCAAUGACGUCAUUUGGGGAAAGGUGCACGGCUUCCCCUGGUGGCCGGGAAAGGUGAUGUGUAUAAAUGACGGCGGUCCGGCGUUCCAAGAGGCGUACGUGUCGUGGUACGGAUCGACCACCUCGUCCCUGAUGCCCUGCAGUCAGCUGCUGCCCUUCCUAGACACGUUCGAGAGCCGUGUGAACCGGAAGCGGCGCGGUCCGUACCGAGAGGCGGUGCGCCAGGCCACUCUGGAGGCGGAGCGCGCGCUGCCGGCCGCCGCCGCGCCUGCCCCGUCCUCCGCCGCCGCCCAGGGACCGGCUCAGUCCCCCAGCCAGCCGCCCCUGGCGCUGGCCGGCUCCCCGCCCGAGGUGGACGUGGCCUCCUAAAGACGGACCAACCGGCCAACUAGGAAUCUGACUAAAGAACUAACGCACCCAGGGGACGUGUGGUGCGCCCCCGGGUCACGGAAAAACGCUUACCGGCGCCGGCGCUGGCUGUUCACGCGCGGCACGUGAUCGCACGUGACACGUGUUGACGUGAGGUAGGUACGUGUGACGGAGCGACGUCGGCCUCUAGUCCCCGACUCAGCCGGCCGUGUGGUGCCCGCGGCGGCCCCUUCCAGCGCCUCUGCAGCUAUCCCCGCCCGUCUGUUUGUCUCUGUCUGUCUGUCUGUGCCGCUCCCUAACCCUGUCCUGCUCACGCUCGCCGCCGAACGCUCGUCAGUCGCUGGCGGACCCGCGAGUCCACCGGGUCCGGACCCGCGCCCUCAUUCCGCUGUCUCGUCGCAUUCCAGGGCUGGAGGACGGUGCGCGAGUGCAAUUUCUUACUAGUGGACCUUGCAUGAAUACAUUUAUAUGGUUGAA